AUGGAGGACCCAGAUAUUCGCCAACAGAAGCUGGAAAACCAGAGGACUCUUCUGAUGAAGAAACAGCAGAGGAGGAGGGCGGACACGCAGAUGGUGCUAGCCAAUCGCGACGCUCGGCCUAAAAACCGGAAGCACAAGGCGGGCAGCUCAGAUGAGACGGCUCUGCUGAUCAGCCAAUCACACAGCAGCUCUUCUCUAAACGAUUGCCAGGUUGAACAUGCCCAUGAUAACCCACUAGAGGAGAUCACUCUGGGAGAAGAUGGCGUCGAAACAACCAUGACAUCUGACGAGGUGCCUCUUAAAAAGCCCAUCACACCCAAAACGAUGGAUCUGGAGAUCCACGGAGAACCACAGCCGUUGAGUGAAGGAGAGAACGACGUCGAGGUGGAGGGGAAGAAGACGAAGAAGAAAGCAGUGAAAAAGGAGAAAGCCAAGCCCAGGUGCCAAAUAAGUGACAGCGAGAGCAAAGAUGACGAAAUUCCCGAGAAAGAAAAGAACCCGAGGAAGAAAAAGAGGGGAGAGAAAGUGGAGAUAAACCUUGCGUCCCUGAAUACCAAUUACCGGGAGAGGUCGUCCUCAGACAGCGACUCUAUCGAGAGGUCCAUGUCUCCCAUCUCGGUGGAGGAUCUGGAGAAGUUCGCCUUGCGCCCGGCCCCAAGGGAGGUGACCAUCCAGUGCAGGAUCACGAGGGACCGCAGAGGCGUGGAGAAGGGAAUCUACCCCACGUACUACCUGCACAUGGAGAAGGACGAUGGCAAGAGGGUUUUCCUAAUGGCUGGCAGGAAGAGGAAGAAGUGCAAAACCUCAAAUUAUCUCAUCUCCAUUGACCCGACGGAUCUGUCCAGGGAUACCAGCAGCUACAUAGGAAAGCUACGGUCCAACGUCCUGGGUACAAAGUUCACCAUCUAUGAUGGCGGAGAGAACCCAGACAAGAAACCCUUUAUCAAAGAAAGUGAAUCGGUCCGGCAGGAGCUGGCAGCAGUGUGCUACGAGAAGAACGUUCUAGGUUUCAGGGGUCCAAGGAAAAUGACAGUGAUCAUCCCUGGCAUGAUGGAGAGUGAUGAGAGAGUUUGCAUCCGCCCCAAAAGUGAUAUCGAGACUCUGAUGGUUCGCCAUGAGAACGGAAACACGGACAACCUGGUCACUCUGAUGAAUAAGUCCCCCAGCUGGAACGAACAGACCCAAUCCUAUGUGUUAAAUUUCCACGGACGCGUGACCCAGGCCUCGGUCAAAAACUUCCAGAUCAUUCACCCCGAUAAUGAGGAUUACAUCGUGAUGCAGUUUGGCCGCGUUGCAGAGGACGUGUUCUCCAUGGACUACAGUUUCCCUCUGUGUGCCCUACAGGCCUUUGCCAUCACCCUCUCCUCCUUUGACGGGAAACUGGCCUGCGAGUGA